UUCCUUCUGCACCCUUGUACCCCACCCAGUCCAGGCUUUAACCACUUCAAGUCCAGACACUCCCCCCCCUUCCAGUCCGGACACUUUCACCCCCUUCCUGUCCAGGCCAAUUUGCAUCUUUCAGCCCCUUCCAGUCCGGACACUUUCCCCCCCCCUUCCUGUCCAGGCCCAUCUUUCAGCCCCUUCCAGUCCGGACACUUUCCCCCCCCUUCCAGUCCGGACACUUUACCCCCCUUCCAGUCCGGACACUUUCCCCCCCUUCCAGUCCGGACACUUUCCCCCCCCCUUCCAGUCCGGACACUUCCCCCCCUUCCAGUCCGGACACUUUCACCCCUUCCAGUCCGGACACUUUCACCCCCUUCCAGUCCG